AUGGGGAACAGCAAGAGCGGGGCCUUGUCCAAGGAGAUCCUGGAGGACCUCAAGAUGAACACACGCUACACGGAGGAUGAGCUGUGCCGUUGGUAUGCCAGCUUCCAGAAGCAGUGUCCUGAUGGGCGCAUCAGCCGUUCUGAGUUUGAGAAGAUCUACGCUAACUUCUUCCCCAACUCGGACCCAAAAGUCUACGCCCGGCAUGUCUUCCGUAGCUUCGACACCAAUGAUGACGGGACACUUGACUUCCGGGAGUACAUCAUUGCCCUGCACCUCACCUCCUCAGGCAAGACCCACCUUAAGCUGGAGUGGGCCUUCUCCCUCUUUGAUGUUGACCGUAAUGGUGAGAUCAGCAAGAACGAGGUCCUCGAGAUCAUCUCGGCAAUAUUCAAGAUGAUUCCUGCUGAGGAACAGAAGACCCUGCCUGAGGAUGAAAACAACCCUGAGAAACGGACAAACAAGCUCUGGGCCUACUUCAAGAAGGGAGAACAUGAUAAAAUCGCUGAGGGAGAGUUUAUCUCUGGAGUGAUGAAGAAUGAGGAGAUCAUGAGACUGAUCCAGUACGAGCCCAAGAAAUAGGCAGCCAGAAUGUGCCCGGGGAGGGGUCUCCACUGUGUGCACAGCCGCACCGAGGAAUGCAUGAAUGGGAUGGAUGAGUGCGAGUGUGCCUUGGUCUGGGUGUGACUGCAGAGGUUCAGCUUCUUCCCUCCUUUCCCUCUGGUGGUACCACUUGAUGCUCCAUGAGUGACCAAGCUGGCUCCCAGGUGCUGCAGGAUUUGGUGGGUUAGAGCAGAGGGGCUGGGGGGAGGAUACUUGGGUUCUAUCCCAG